GCUCACCCUGCAAUCUCCAAAUUCGGAGAGGCUGCAUUUCGGAUCGUGCGGCAACUGGUUUGAUAUUCUAAUUUAUUUCUUUCUUCCCCCGAAGAAGAGGAUCUAGCGGAGAUAACUUCCGUUUUUCCUCCUUUUUCUCAUUUUUGUUCCUCAACCGUUAAUGUGUUCUAAACCAUCUUCCCGUCCCGGCACUGACUACCGGUUCCGAUGUUACAGAAGCUGGCAAGCACCAAACCUCAUCUAAUCGCUUGAGUCCAUAGAAUCCGGUCGGAGAAACGGAAAAAGAAAGAAGAAGGCUUCUGGGUUCUGGCGGGGUUUCGAUAUCUGGUCGAGGAUCUUGUCUCAUCUUGAUCUUGAAUACGGGAUUCCAGCGAAAUCCCGUUUUGGGUCGGGACGUAGUCGGUCUAAUCUCGCCGUGGAGAGAGGAGUGCUCUUACAGAGUCCGUGAAGCGAAGCGUCUGAAAGUUUAAAAAAUUGAACAGAAAGUUUGACUUUUUUUUUGUUUAAAUCUUCGACUCUCUUUUUUUUUUUUUGGCUUCCGCGUUUGGCAAUUUGCUCUACUUAAGAACUUUGAUUCGGUUUGGUGGGGUAGUUGGAGUUGAAGAAAAGAUAUAGCAGGGAGCUAAUUUGUGCACUGGAAUUGAGUUAUUCUUUCUGCUUUCUGAUUUGAACGAAAAGAAGUCAAGGAAAUUCAAGCAUUUUGGUGUGAUCACGAUGGCUGGAACUGGAGCAAGAUGGCAGGCUCCUCUGAGAAUGGCAACCAUGAUAUCGCUCGGCUUUCUUCUAGCUUCUGUGUUCGUCUCGGCUGAACGGAGUUUGAAAGACGAGGCUUCAAGAAGCAAUGACACUGAAGUUAGUCUAUCGAAUUAUCUACACAAAGUUGCAAAUUUCUUGUGGCAAUCGGAUGUGUCAGGUUACCAGCAUGUUUGGCCUGAUAUGAAGUUCGGCUGGCAAAUUGUCUUGGGUACGAUUAUUGGGUUCUUUGGAGCAGCUUUUGGGAGUGUAGGAGGUGUUGGUGGCGGUGGGAUCUUCGUUCCCAUGCUUACCCUGAUUAUUGGAUUUGAUGCGAAAUCAUCAACUGCAAUAUCAAAAUGUAUGAUCAUGGGUGCAGCAGGCUCAACUGUUUACUACAAUCUUAAGCUAAGACAUCCAACUCUUGAUAUGCCCAUCAUUGACUACGACUUGGCCCUACUUUUCCAGCCUAUGCUUAUGCUGGGGAUCAGCAUUGGAGUUGCUUUCAAUGUGAUUUUUGCUGACUGGAUGGUUACAGUCCUGCUCAUUGUCCUCUUCAUAGGCACUUCAACUAAGGCAUUUUUCAGAGGUGUUGACACAUGGAAAAAGGAAACCAUACUAAAAAAGGAGGCUGCUAGACGCUUGGAGUCAAAUGGUAGUGGCAAUGAAGAAGUGGAAUAUAAGCCUCUAUCCAGUGGCCCAGGCAAUGGACCUGAAAAGGCAACCAAAGAAUAUAAGGAACCAGAGGCUCCUAUUCUUAAGAAUGUCUACUGGAAGGAACUUGGUCUUCUUGUUUUUGUCUGGGUUGCAUUUCUUGUUCUGCAAAUUGUCAAGAACCAUACGACAACUUGUUCAAUAUCAUAUUGGAUCUUAAACUUGUUACAGAUCCCUGUUUCUUGUGGUGUAUCUUUAUAUGAGGCGGUUAGCUUAUAUAAUGGAAGAAGAGUUAUUGCAUCCAACGGAGAUGCAGGCACAAACUGGAAAGUGCAUCAGCUGAUCCUCUAUUGCUGUUGUGGUAUAUUGGCUGGUGUGGUUGGUGGUCUGCUUGGUCUAGGAGGAGGCUUUAUUUUGGGCCCUCUUUUCUUGGAGCUGGGCAUUCCUCCCCAGGUGUCAAGUGCCACAGCCACCUUUGCUAUGACAUUCUCUUCAUCUAUGUCUGUUGUAGAAUAUUACCUUCUGAAGCGUUUCCCAGUUCCAUAUGCUCUCUAUUUUGUUGCCGUGGCAACCAUUGCUGCCUUUAUAGGGCAACAUGUAGUGAGGAGGCUUAUCAUUGUAUUAGGGAGGGCAUCUCUCAUCAUCUUCAUCCUGUCCUUCACAAUCUUUGUCAGUGCAAUCUCACUAGGUGGAGUCGGCAUAUCAAAUAUGAUUUACAAGAUCGAGAAGCAUGAGUACAUGGGUUUUGAGAACCUCUGCAAGUAUGAAGCUUAGUCUGAUUUUUUUUUUCUUUUCACCUCUUUUUCUUGUUCUAAGUUAUGCUCAUCAGGCACAAGUUGAGCCUCAAGCUUUUGUACCAAUUUUUCAAUUGCUAGGAUGAAAACAACUAUUGCCUUUUUUCCCUUUCUUUUUCCAAUUCAUAAAUAUAUUUUUUGAUGAUUCUAUAGUUAGUAUAUUUAAGCUCAAAAAACCUUUCUCGUUAUUUAA